GAGCGACCAGCCCGGAGCAGUCGCAGCUGUCGUUCUGCGCAUCGACCAGCGCAGCACGUCACCAACCCGACACCGUCCCCCCGGCCAGCGCAUUGGCCAUGCUACUCCCAUCUACCCUGGGCUGCGAUGCAGCCUUCUCAGAGACCACCAGACCUCUGAUGCGACCAAAGCUACCUUCGUUCGGAGUCUUUCAACCGCAGGCGUCCACCUCAUCGCAGCCACCUCACGGCGCAAACCCCAUCGCCUCGAGCUGUCGCGCCCUUCACGCCAUUCUCGGCUCACAAUCACCAUCCCUCGCUCAAUCAAACACCCCACAAUUGACACGGGAGCUCGCCAACCCAUUCGCGCCUGUACAACAACCUGCGCGACCUCGACGCAUCUCGCGAGUCCAACGAGAUGAGCAACACGAAUCCAGACCCGCGCAAGCCUGUCGUGGCGCAAAUAAGAGACGGCGAAGCACAUUUGAACAAGACUUGAAUUGUGCCGACACAGUGAUGCAAGACCAGUUCGAGCUGGGCCAACGGACCCCACCGCGAUUACGGACACCGAAGCGGCGACGGCGUGUCCCUUUGGCCAUGCCCCUGGGCCUUUCCGCCGAUGACUUCCGCGCUCUAGAGACACCUCUCGAGGAAUGUCUGACGGACCAAGAAGAUCUAAAUAUGCCUACAGUCAUCAGUCCACCCCGGAAUCUUGAAUCUUCGACCGUCGACCGCGACGGCGAUGGCGAUUCAGCAUAUGGCUCGUCGCCCUCGAUCGACGACGCCGGAUGGUCUGUCGAUGACGAUCGGAUACUCGUGGAGAUGGUGCUAGAGAAGCUCCGCCUGUCCAAGCGCGACUGGAACGACUGCGCCAGGCGGCUGGGCAAGGACAAAGACAGUCUGGGCCGGCGCUGGAGUCUUUUGGUCGGAGAAGGCAAUGUGGGUUUAAGGAGAGGCGGCAGAACCCACAGACCUGAUUUAGACAUUGCUUCUUGGUGA